GAAAUCUCAUUCGGAAUAGGUUUCUUUUUUUUUGUUUGUUUUUAAAAUAUCCUUAUUAUCUAGUCACGUUAACGAAUUUGAACUUGACUACGUAUUUUGCAUUUUUUUCUUUUUAUUCCAAUCCUAUUAGAUUGGACCAUGGGGAAGAAACAUAAGAAACAUAAGUCUGAAUGGAGAUCCUACGACGCCGGUGAGCUCGGCUCCCCCGGAGAUCAGUGUCAGUAUUAUGUGGACAAACCUCUGGAAAAGCCCUUGAAGCUAGUGCUCAAAGUUGGAGGUAGCGAAGUGACAGAACUAUCUGGAUCUGGGCAUGACUCAAGCUUUUAUGAAGACCGAUCUGAUCAUGAACGUGAGCGUCACAAAGAGAAGAAAAAAAAGAAGAAGAAGAAAUCUGAAAAAGAAAAGGAUAAAUAUUUGGAUGAGGACGAAAGGAGAAGACGAAAAGAAGAGAAAAAGAGAAAACGGGAGAAAGAACAGUGUGAUUCAGAAGGUGAAACAGAAGUUUUCGAAUCCAUAAGAAAAGACAUUGAAGCAACAGAUCGUCCAGUGAGAACAUGCAGAACGCAUCCAGAAAACGAAAGUACCCCAUUACAACAGCUCUUGGAAUAUUUCCUUCGGCAAUUGCAACGGAAAGAUCCAAAUGGAUUUUUUGCUUUUCCUGUGACCGAUCAAAUCGCUCCUGGAUAUUUCAUGAUAAUAAAAAACCCAAUGGAUUUUAGCACCAUGAAAGAGAAAAUAAGCCAGGAUGAGUAUAAAUCAGUUACAGAAUUCAAGGCUGACUUUAAGCUAAUGUGUGAUAAUGCGAUGACCUAUAACAGACCAGAAACUGUCUACUACAAGUUGGCCAAGAAACUGCUACAUACAGGUUUCAAGAUGAUGAGUAAAGAACGGCUUUUAGCUUUGAAGCGCAGCAUGUCGUUUAUGCAGGACAUGGAUUUUUCUCAGCAGGCAGCACUCUUGGGGAAUGAAGUUACUACAACUGAAGAACCUAUUCCUGAGAUCAUUAUGCCCACCGCAGCAGAAGUUGUAAAGAAAUCUAAAAAGCCAAGCAAGGAUAUGUUUAGGGUUAUGGAGGAAGAUCAAAGCAGCAUUUUUGAACCUGAAGGAAAUGCAUGUAGUUUAACAGACAGUACUGCGGAAGAACAUGUACUCGCUUUGGUGGAACAUGCUGCAGAUGAAGCCAGGGACAAGCUAAACCAAUAUUUUCCAAACUGUCGGAUAGGUUAUCUGAAAAAGAAUACAGAUGGAACUUUGUUUUAUACCGUUGUCAAUGGUGACCCUGAUAAUGAGGAAGACACACAUCUGGUGGACUUGAGUUCCCUGUCAAGCAAACUGUUACCUAGUUUUACCACACUAGGAUUUAAAGAAGACCGUCGGCAUAAAGUGACAUUUCUCAACAGUACUGGUACAGCACUAUCUUUACAAAACAACACACUCUUCACUAAUCUUAAACCAGACCAAAUAGAAUUGAUGUAUGCUGGCUAUGGCGAUGAUACAGGAAUACAGUGUGCUUUAAGCCUUCAGGAAUUUGUAAAAGACUCCGGAAGCUUUGCAAAAAGAAUGGUAAAUGACCUUCUAGAUCAAAUAACUGGAGGUGAUCAUUCUAGAACUAUCUAUCAGAUUAAACAGAUGACAGGAUCAGAGAGGGAAGGAUGCAGCAAUUCUGUACUUGACUUUAUGACCUUAAAAUCAUAUUCUGAUGUGUCUCUUGAUAUGUCCAUGCUAAGUUCUUUGGAUAAAGUAAAGAAGGAGCUAGAGCAUGAAGACAGCCAUCUAAAUUUAGAUGAUGCAUCUAAGCUCUUGCCUGACUUUCAUGAUGUUCAUAAUGACAGAGGAGGAUCAAGGCCGUCCUCAAGCAGUUCAAUGUCCAACAACUCAGAAAGGGAUCAUCAUUUAGGAAGUCCUUCUCGUAUCAGCGUUGGAGAACAGCAAGAUAUUCAUGACCCUUACGAAUUCCUUCAGUCACCAGAAACCGAUAACCAGAAUUGAAAAUUGUAUUACGUUUGUAUUACAACUAAUGGACAUUUUUAAAUGUUUUUGUGUAGUUUUUGUAACAGAUUGAUUACCCAAAAGGGCAGAUAUCUCUGUGUACAUAAAAGUAUGAUUGAACCAGCAAUUGGUAUGGUAUGCAGUGAUCAUGUACCUGCUAUGGAAAUUGUGCAGCAUUCAGAAGUAUCAUAUAACUUAAACUAUGACCGUAUGUUGAAGAAAUUAUACUGUUUAAAGCACCCCAAUCAUUUUUCCAUCCUUCAGAGAAAAUGUAACCUAAAUUAGCUAGUUUAUGGUCAGUGGGUUGUUGGGAACUUAGAAAAUGACUUCACAUUAUUUGUGCCAUCACCCCCCCCCCCCAUUUUUGGGUUAUUUGUAACACUGUAAGAAAGUGGGGUUUUUCCUUCCUAAAUGACUGGAAGUAAAUAUGCCCCCCCCUACUUAUUAGAUAUAGGGUUGGUUAUUUCUCUCGGUAAAGCUGCAUUGGGAUUGAAUAGGCUGAAGGGAAGGUUCUGACUUCCCCAAUCCAAUCCCUGUACAGCUUUACCGGGAAUUAUCCUUAAAGAACCAAUGAGGGUACAGAGAAUCUGAAUAGGAGAAAAAACUUGCGUGCACGGAGCUGCUGUCUUAUAUUCUGAAACUGGCAGCCUGAUGAAAGCGGGGGGGGGCUGGCUAAUCAAGUAAGUGAAGCAUGGCAGGGCCCCCCUUAGACACAAAACCCUGCGGGCCUGGGACAACUGUCCCCCCUGUGCCCCCCUGAUGGCUGCCCUGCCACAUUACAGCCUGUUUGAGAGUAAACAAGGGAAGUUAUUAUAUAGAGAGAGCAUUUCUUAUGAAAUGUAGCAUUUGGACAACCUAUUUUUUUCAUAUCGUCUGUUUCAUUAAAUAACAGCAUGAAAAUCAUACUUCCCUUGACAUUUGCGCUCUACACCCUGAAGGACCACUAAAUAGCACCAAUGUUUAAAGUCAGAGGGCAUGGGGCAGUUAGUCCCUUUAGUGUGGACUAUAAGCAACAGAAUAAUAUUUAAUGUGCUGAGAUGCAUUGCUAUUGGGUGAUUCCAGUAUUGCCCAAUGGCAAGUUUCUUUCUGUGUAAAGUAAAUUUACUUUUAGCUUUUCACUGAAUGUAUUCCACUGCAGUCUGAUGUAUGGAUGGGGCCCAUUUCCCUGCAUGUUUAAGAUGUUGCUCCUCCUAACACAACUGAAUAAUAACAAGGGAUGCUAAACAUUUAAAAUAGCAAUCACAGAAUAUUUAGCCAAAGCUGAACAGUAAAUACAAUUAUCAGUAUCCCACAUCCAUGCAGUCCCAAUCACAUCCCUGGACGUCAGUCAUCUCUGUGCUGUUCAGCCCAUGGAAGGUAUCCACACGACACAAUAACACACGAAUGGAUGGCAUGCAUAUUUAUUUAGUGCACCCUCUGCAUUGUUAGUCAAUACUGUAAUCAGUACUCCUGUUAAAAAAUAAACACGUUCCAUUAAAAAGCCUCAAAUAUUUAA